GUUGGGAGGGAAAGUGUCCCAAAGAAUGCUCGCGGGCAGCCCGAACUUUCCCACGUUUGUUUCCCCUUUGCUUGUAUAUUUUAUUCUUGAUCCUUGACUCGAAUAUGACUCAUGUCUUUCAGGACACUCAAAGCACCUCGAAUUUGAUGAUUCUGGAAUCACAGGUAUACCUGUACAAUUUGUCAUCAAGAAACAAUGACUUGUCUCUCCGCCUGACAACUUCCCACAAAGACGUCAGAAACUGACAUUCGGAAAACACCCGAAAUUACUUGGCCGUUGGACUGGCAUCUGAAAUUACUCUAUCUUUGAUUUAAAUAUUUCAUAAUUAGGCAAUCUGUCAUCAACAAACAAUUACUUUUCUCUCCCCCUGACAACUUCCCACCAAGAGGUCAAAAACUGGUAUUCGAAGGACACUCAACAUUGCUGGCCAUUGGACUGGCUUCUGCAAUGACUUUAUCUUUGAGUUUUAAUAUUUCAAAGCGAUACUUUUAAUAAAGCAUGUUCAAUAGUCUCACCCGAUUAUUCUGGCUGUAAUCAGCCCAGAUAACUGUCUAUUUUAGCAAAGCAAAUACUCAGCAGUGUUACCAUGAAGUGGUCGGUAUUCGUAGCGUUUGUCUUAAUACUUCGUGCUCAACAGUCAGACGCAGAAAGCGUAGCAUCACCGAAGUCAGUCGUCUCAGUGGCUUUUUGUGAUGAUUUUGAGGCGCAGGGAAAAGCUACAUUUCAAAUAAGUGCAAAAUCUUUGGAACCUGUUGAUGGAAGGUUCCUUUCUGCUACAGGAAUUGACCCAAGCCGUGGGAACCAACGAUAUGAUCUCCCGGUAUUUAUACCACAAGGAGGAGUAAAGUACAUCCAGGUAUUUUCUACCUCUGGGGAGGAUCUCUGCCUCCAAGCUGUAUCUGUGGACACCAGCAUCUUUGUUAAGCUGGCAACAAACUUCAAGACUACCUGCAGUGCAGAAGAAAAAACCUCUUCCCCACCCUGCAAAGAGUUCAAAUCCAAGCUGAAGCCUUUGAAGGCAAAAAAAGUAGCAAAGUCACAGAAGUCGGGUGUCUCAGUGGCUUUUUGCGAUGAUUUUGAGGCGAAGGGAAAGGCAUAUUUUCAAAUAAGUGCAAAAACUUUAGAACCUGUUGAUGGAAGAUUCUUGUUUAGCACAAGAAUUGACCCAAGCCGUGGGAUGCAGCGAUAUGAUCUCCCGGUACUGAUACCACAAAAAGGGGUAAAGCACAUUAAGGUAUUUUCUUCCUCUGGGGAAGAUCUCUGUCUCCAAGCUGUGGCAGUAGAUACCAAUAUCUAUGUUGACUUGCCAACAAACUUUAAGACUACCUGCAGCGCCGAAGAGGAAACCUCAAUCCCGCCCUGUAAAGAGUUCAAAUCCAAGCUGAAGCCUCUGCGUGUUUGCCCGAACAAGAUUUCCGAGUUGCUGAAAAGAGAACAACUCAUUGAUACCUUACCGUCCCCCGAUACCGACGCGCGCCCGUUUGAGGUGCCGACUUAUCAUAUUGCCGAUGACAUGGCCCAGGCAAGCUACGCUAUAGUAGAAGGGAUAGCAGAUCUUAGUCGGAAGGGAGUCAAGGGCUAUAUGAGUAAGCUUAAGUCUGCAAUGAAAUUCUCCAAGCUCUUUCGCGUAGAAGGUACGCUUACCGCGAUUAGCUCGAUUUUGGGCGCGGUUGGACCCGCACUCAGUAUCUUUGGCGGAAUCACCAGUAUCCUUACUACAUUUUUGACUCCAAAUCCAUUUGACAUGUUAGCCGAAUAUCUACAAGAGGAAUUCGCCGCCCUACAUAACCAUCUUGACCGUAUGGAGGGAGAACUCAAGGAACUUAUCAUGGCUGAAGGCGCCAUGACUAGGAUGGCUGAUGCGGUAGCCAGCAUUCGCUACUCUCUCAGAGAAUUUGAUGAUAUAGCGAGGUCACUAAAGAAAAAUCCCGUAUGUGGGACUGAUAAUUUGAUCCGUGAGUACAGCGUCAACAGGUUUGUCUAUAACUAUAAUCAAAGAGACACAGAACACAAGCUUCUGGAUCUCUUGGAAGUUGAGCAGGGACUUCUUCCAUUGACGUACUCACUUCUUAAGCCAUUUAUGAAAACGUACUGCAGAACAAACCCUGGCAAGGUCAAAAGGUUUAUGACAGACAUCUCCACCUACGCCUUCCUUGGGACGCAAGCCCAGCUAUUUUUUACAGAUCUUAUUUGCACUAUUUAUAAGCUAAGAAACUGUGACAGCAAGACGAGUAUGUGGAAGGACUAUUUAAAAAAACUACUCUAUGAGGCUAAUGCUCUUAUUGUAGCUUUAGAGAGUCCCACAGAGGGUUUUUAUCAGUUUUUUAAAGAUGAUCUAAGGCGGGAGGUGAGCAGGGAAGUUGAAGGGGAGUCGAAUACGGAGGAAGCUAAGUUAAAUAGGGUAACUGACUUGUUUCUCUACUUUCUAAAUGAUCCGGAAAAUUGGCCCAAGCGCUGCAUUGUUGAUUCUGACAACGACAAGGAAGUUGUUGCUUAUGUGGUCGUUAAAACGAACGCACCUGUUCCUUAUAAAAAGAUGGGAUACCUCAGUCCCUACUUCCUUCACGAAAGAGAGAGACUCGAACUGGUAAAAUUGAAAAUAGCUAAUCUCCCGCACAAAGAGGAGGAAACAAUGUUAUAUUACCUUAAUUCAAAAUUCCUUGAUUGGGAUUGUGGAGGCACUACGAAAAAUUUCGAAAUUUGCAACGUUUCAAAUCAUUUAGUAGGUGAUCCCUUUGCUAUGAAGCUAUACAAGCAUCCAAACGGAAAAUUGAUUUAUAUGGAAAUUAACCCCGGAAAUGGAUACUUUAAUUUUACAAUACAGCCAGUCGAUGUUUUCAAGAAUACAAAUAUUGUUGCUCCUCUUUGGCUAGGAUGUUGGAGUGGCAAAGGUUAUGUAGUUAACGACCGCAAGUCUGGUGGAGGGCCAAAAGAGGACUACGCCUGUCCAACGCCCCAUAAAAACUCGGAUGACUCGGCGGCAACGGAAAAUCGUUUCCUUUUGUUUUACAAGAAUGAACCAAAUUAUCCAAAAGAUGAAUCCGAGGAAGGUUAA